CGCACCACCAUGCUCUCCACUCUCUCCUCCCCUUCACCACCACCACCACCAUCUCUUCCUCCUCCUCCUCCUCCUCCCUCCUCUCUCCCCAACCUCCUCAAACUCUCCACCUCCUCCUCCUCCUCCCCCUCGUGGUUCGUGCUCCUCCGCUCCUACGCCCACUCCCCCGACCCCGCCCACAAGCGCCGCUCCCUCCUCCUCUUCCGCCGCAUCCUCCUCAUCCACCUCCCCCUCGCCUCCCCAUCCCGGCCCCUUCGCUUCUCCUUCCCCCUCGCCCUCAAGUCCUGCGCCUUCCUCUCCGCCCUCCCCGAGGGCUCCCAGCUCCACGCCCUCCUCACCAAGCUCGGCCUCGCCCCCGACACCUUCGUCGCCAACAGCCUCGUCCACUUCUACGCCUCCUGCGGCCUCCUCCCACUCGCCCACCGCGUGUUCGACCGCAUCCCCGCCCGCUCCCGCGUCUCCUGGAACGCCAUCGUCGACGCCUGCGUCGCCAACGCCGCCCACGACGCCGCCCUCGCCCUCUUCCGCGCCAUGCAGCGCGCCGCCCACCCCCCGGACGCCUUCACGCUCCAGAGCGUCCUCGGCGCGUGCGCGGCCUCGGGCGCGCUCUCCCUCGGCAUGUGGGCGCACGCGCUCCUCCUCCGCGCCCCCGGCCUCGGCGCCGCCCCCGUCGCGCGCGACGCCCUCAUCAACAACUCCCUCGUCGACCUCUACGCCAAGUGCGGCGCCAUCGACAUGGCGCGCCAGGUGUUCGACGAAAUGCCCCAGCGCGACGCCGCCUCGUGGAACGUCCUCAUCCUCGGCCUCGCCGCGCACGGCCGCGUCGCCGAGGCGCUCGCCGCGUUCGCCGACAUGCCCGCCUCCGCCCGCCCCAACGCCAUCACCUUCGUCGGCGUCCUCAGCGCCUGCAACCACGCCGGCCUCGUCGACGAGGGCCUCCGCUACUUGGACCUCAUGAUCACCCGAUUCCGCAUCGAGCCCCGGCUCGAGCACUACGGCUGCGUCGUCGACCUCCUCGCGCGCGCGGGCCGUGUCGACGCGGCGCUCCGCGUGGUCGCCGCCAUGCCCCGGAGCCCCGACGCCGUGAUCUGGCGCAGCCUCCUCGACGCGUGCGCCAAGACCACCACCACCACCACCACCACCACCACCACCACCAAUCUCCACCUCACCGAGUCGCUCGCCGAGCGCGCGCUCCAAUUCAAGGACGAGGACCCCGCCGCCAGCGGCGCCUACGUGCUCCUCUCGAGAGUCUACGCCUCCGCGCAGCGGUGGAACGACGUAGCCGUUAUCCGCCGCCUGAUGACCGAGCACGGCAUCCGCAAAGAGCCCGGGUUCAGCUCCGUCGAGGCGGACGACGGAGUCCUGCACCAGUUCGUGGCCGGGGACACGUCGCACCCGCGGUCCGCCGACGUAUACAAGAUGCUCGACGAAAUUCAGCGGAGGCUCGAAUCGGCCGGCUACGAGCCCGACUGCUCGCAGGCGACGAUGGUGGCCGGGGCGGACGGAGUGAAGGGGAAUUCGCUGCGGCUGCACAGCGAGAAGUUGGCGAUCGCGUUCGCGCUCCUCCACCGCAGCAGCUCCGCCGGAGAGGGAGCUCCUCCCAUCAGGAUCUUGAAGAACCUGAGAGUGUGCAGGGACUGCCACACUAUGAGCAAGCUGAUCUCCAGGGUUUAUAGCGUGGAGAUUAUUGUGAGGGAUCGGAUCCGGUUUCAUCACUUCAAAGCUGGUUCCUGCUCCUGCAUGGAUUACUGGUGAGCGUUCCAUCUAUAUAUAUAUAUAUAUACAUAUAUAUCACUUGAGAGAGCCAUAAUUACAGAUAAGAUAAAAUGAUGAUUAGAAUUAUUUUAUAUCACUUAAGAAGGAAUAUACACGCUGUUGAUAACAGUUGAUAAUGUUAUUCUUUGCAGUAAAGUGAGCAGUUUUUGGGCUACUAAAACCUACAAAAUUUUUUAGAUAUAAAAAUAGACAUUCAAAAUUUUUA